AUGGGGAAGAUCACUUUUUUUGAGGAGAAGAAAUUUCAGGGUCGCUGCUACAACUGCAGCAGCGACUGUGCCGACCUGCACACAUACUUCACUCGCUGCAACUCCAUCCGGGUGGAUAGCGGCGUGUGGGUGAUCUAUGAGAGGCCCAACUUCAAGGGUUUCCAGUAUGUUCUCAGCCCUGGGGAGUACACUGACAACCAGCAAUGGAUGGCCUUCAGCGACAGCGUCAAAUCCUGCCGUGCUGUAAAGAAUGUUUACAGCAGUGCUUGGAAGCUGCGGCUAUAUGAGAGGCCAGACUUUGGAGGGCAGAUGGUGGAGUGCUCUGAUGACUGCCCUUCAGUCUAUGACACCUAUAAGAUGCGUGAGGCCUACUCCUGCGUGGUGACAGACGGCGCCUGGGUUUUCUUUGACCUCCCCAACUACAGGGGGCACCAGUAUCUGGUGGAGCGAGGCGAAUACCGGCAGCACAACGACUGGGGGGCAUCCUCGCCUGGUGUUGGCUCCUUCCGCAGGAUCACAGAGUUUUAA